CGACAGAUCUCUGAGAGAGAAAAGAGGAGGAGACGAGGAGAGGGAUUAGAGGAGAAACAGAAGGAGGCUCGCUGAGGAAGAGGAGGAUUAACGAGAAGAGGAAGAGAACAAAAGGAAAUACAGUAAGAAGAGAGGAGCUGAGGAGGAGGAAUGUUUGAUCGCCCGUUUAAUCAGCUCAUCAAGAAUCAACUUGAAGACAGACAGAGGCUGCAGGACGCUGAGCAACAUCUACACACCUGCUCCUGCAUGAUGACGGCUGAUUAAAAGACUUCAGGCCUGUGGGCGGCGAGCAAAACCUUUAGCACACCAUGACAGCCACACAGAAAGCAGAUGGUUGCCAUGGUAGCCACCUGUUUGAAGUAGGCCUGGCAAAGCUGUAACUAUGGCAUGACCUUCAGCUAACUUCCUGUUUGCCUGUUCAUCAUGUCCCUCUCACACGCCCUCGCCCUCCUCGCCCUCCUGCUGCCGUGGGGACGGUGUCAGUUUGAUGUCUGUCGAUCUCUGCGCGGCUCGAAGGCGGGGCCUGAGUUUAACGCCUGUCAGCCGCCCCCAACCAACAUGAAGGAGGUGAUGCAGAUCAGAGUUGACCCCCCUGGGAUCACCUGCGGAAACCCACCUGAGAGAUUCUGUACACUGGAGAACCCGUACCUGUGCAGCGAUGAGUGCGACGCCUCCAGCCCAGACCUGUCUCACCCUCCUCAGCUCAUGGGAGACAGGGAGAGGGGUGGGCUCAUCACUUACUGGCAAACAAUCACAUGGUCCAGGUUUCCUGAGCCCCUAUUGGCCAACAUCACCCUUACCUGGAACAAGAGUCUGGAGGUGGUCGAUGACAUUGUUGUUACCUUCGAAUAUGGCCGUCCAACCAGCAUGGUGCUGGAGAAAUCCAUCGACAAAGGUGUCACUUGGCAGCCGUAUCAGUAUUAUGCCGACGACUGUCUCGAGGCGUUCGGCAUGUCGCCCAAACGAGUCUCUGAUUUAGCACCAAGUAACAUUACCCGGGUCAUCUGCACCGAGCAGUACUCCCGCUGGGUCGGCGCUAAGGAAGAGAAAUCUGUGGUGUUUGAGGUGCGAGCUCGGUUCGGGGUGUUUGCUGGUCCAAAGCUGAUCAACAUGGACGCUCUGUACACUCGGAUGGAGACCACAAAGGGACUCAGAGAUUUCUUCACUUUCACCAACCUCCGACUGAGGCUCCUCCGCCCGGCACUGGGAGGAACCUACGUCCAGAGAGACAACCUGCUGAAAUACUUCUAUGCUAUUUCCAACAUUGAUGUUUUUGCCAGGUGUAAGUGCAACCUGCAUGCAUCUCAGUGUGCGCUGCGCGAUGCGACACUGCAGUGUGAAUGUGACCACAAUACGGCUGGAGAGGACUGUCAGAGCUGCAGCCGAGAGUUCACAUCUCGCACCUGGAGACCGGGAUCAUACCUGCCCCUGCCCAGAGGCACUGCCAAUGCCUGUGAAGCAACAGAACCUGCAGCCACAGGUGGUGACUCUAACUCUGAAGCAUCUGAUAGACCUGCCACAUCAGAUGGAGUGACUGACAGUACUACUACUGCUACUAUUACUACUGUACCUGAGAGCAGGACGCCAACUGACACAAAUACUGCUGUUGGCAUUACUACAGCCACAACUGACAGAACUAGUACAGCUACUGUUCCUACUAAAACUGACUUUGGUACCCUAGCUGACAGUACUACUACUCCUACUACUACAACUAUCAGUGACAGUACUACAGCCACUUAUACUGUAACUGACAGUACUACUAAAACUGAUACUAAUACAGCUUUGAGUACUACUAACCGCAUGACUGAUAAGACUUUAAAUGACCGAACUUCUCCUAAAGACAUUCCUUUGACUACAUUCAUGUACACAUUAAUGUCUGAUAACAGCACAGAGGGUCCUCUUAUGGUUUCAGCUGAUAUUUCUACUAAUACUGGAGGCAAUUCAAGUACCAGUACAUACAUGACUGACUCUAGUACUGUGACUUACGUUACUAGUAGUAAUGAUUCAGCUGACCUUCCUGUAACUGCUAUUGACUCUACCUCAACACUCACAACUGGUACAGUAGUUUUUACUGCUGUCCGUAGUACUAUUAGUGCUACAGGUUCUGUUGCCUUUACAGACUCAUUCAGUACAGCUGGACCUACCACAGACACAGCUCCACCCAACACUCCACGUCUGAAGACUGGAGAAAAACCACCUCCCAGAGUACUAGACAGUACCACCAGCCGUCCUACCAGUACCACCCCCACUGUCCAAGGCAGCAGUACUGACACUGGAGGGUCUAUCUCUGACCCACUGGGUCCACCCUAUAACUCCACUUCAGACUUUGGUGUGCCUGGGACUGAUAUAUCGAAAGUGGUGACCAGUGCUGUGUCACCUACUGUCGCAGCACCAUCAGCUGGAAUUCUGCCUCUAACAACCAUCCCAGAAACGUUUUCCCCAGGUGACGGGUCUCAAUCUGAAGACUUUCUCCCCACUGGAUCUGUCCGUAUCAGUCAGGCUGGAGAUACUCUCUUUACAACAAAACGUGAUGGAAUUUCUCUUCGUCCUGAUAUACCUCCUCUGGCCGUACCUCCUCCAGAUCUACCACUGGAAGCUCCCUCUGUGGAUAUACCUUCUGCUCUUAAUGAAGCCCUUCCUGAUGUAAUUUCUCCUGAUGUUUUACUGGAUGUACUAUCUCCGGAUACACUAUCUCCUGAUGCAUCAUCUCCGGUUACACUUACUAAUAAUGUACAGCUACCAGAAAUGCCCCCUCUUGAUCUAUCAUCUCCAGAUACACUCGCUCCUGAUGAAAUAGUUCCUUUUGUUCCAACCCCCAAUGUACUGUUUCCAGAUGCACCAUCUCCUCCUGCUUUAUCUUCCCUCAAUGUUCCAGCUCCUGAUGGAGCUCCUACUGAUAUAUCUUUCCUUGAGGUACCUACUCAAGAACUUCCUCGUCCUGAUCUCCCUCUGGAAGGACCACCUCCUGACAUACCUGCUCCUGAUGUACCUCGUCCCGACCCGCCUUCUCGUAAUGUAUUUCCUCCCGAUACACCUCCUCCUGACCUACCUUUUCCUGAUCCACCUUCUCCAGAUGUACUUCCAGAUGGGCCAUCCACUAAGACUCCAGAUACUUCAGUAGAUUUUCCUCCUCCUGAUGUACCUUCUCCUGAUGGGGCAUCUCCAGAAAUACGUCCUCCUGAUGCUACCCCUCCAGCUCCAGAUAUUCCUGUGGACUCCGUGUUGCCUCCCUAUGGAGGUGGUCCUGUAUCAGACACAAAGUCCGCUACUAUAGAUCAGUCUGACCCUGCUGGUGAUUUAGCACCUGUUGACUUUACCUUCCCAGUUCCAGAAAACCCAAAGUCAGUUGGCCCUGGACAAGAUUCAGGAUCCGAUUCUCAGCCCAUGCCUGUGGUUGAACCUGGCAAUGUUUCAAGUGACAAUAUUGAAACGCCUGGAUCUAAUUCUAUCAAUGCUGGACAGGAAUCUUUUCCAGUAAAGCAAGGCAGAGGAGAGAAAGGAAAUGAAAAAUCUGAAUCAAGUGGUCCAGAUUCUUCUGUGCCAUACAGAAACAUUCCUAAUGUGGAUCCAAGACUGGAUCCAGGCAGUGAGAAUCCUGCAGUAGAUUCUACAGCAAACAAAAAGGAAAGAACGUCUUCUGGAGAGGAAUCUGUUGAACCAUCAGGAGGGUUGAAGUUUGAGGAAAAGAAAGACUCGAAACAAGAAAUGACAAGAGAGGCAACAAAGGAAAAAGCAGUGCCUGAAGCCAAAGAGGAAACUAAAGAAAAAUCUAAAGCCGAAGGAGAGAAGGAUAAAGAGGACAAAGGCUAUGAGAAGAAAGCAACCCAGAAGAUCCUGAUUCCAGGAGGACCAAAGUUCAGUCAGCUGUCCAAAAUUGCCUAUGUGAACUUCCAGGACUGUGAGUGUAAUGGUCACUCCAACCGCUGCAGCUACAUCGACUUCAUCAACGUGGUCACAUGUGUGAGCUGUAAACACAACACGCGGGGGCAGAAUUGUCAGUACUGUCGCCUUGGUUACUACCGAAACGCCUCGCUGCCGCUGACCGACGAGAACGUCUGUGUUGAGUGCGAGUGCCACGCAGACGGCAGCGUGUCUCCUCGAUGCUUGGACUCGGGUCUUUGUCAGUGUAAAGACGGAGCCACGGGGAGGCGCUGUGACUCCUGUUUACCUGGAUACACCUGGAGAGGAGGCGGGGCCGGCUGCACAGCAAACGUGUGCGACAGCGAGCGUUUGGUCUGUCGGAAUGGAGGAACCUGCGUCGACUUCUUGCGCUGCAUCUGUCCUGAAAACUUUACAGGUUUAUUCUGCGAGCAGAGGGUGUGUCUGAAGAAGAACGGCUGCCUGGAGAACGCUGAGGACUCCGCCUCCUCUCUGGCAUCACACCUUUACCUGCUGACCUUCGGUCUGAUCACCGCCACUUUCUGCUGACCCCACCCCCAGGCACAAUGUCCCAUAAUGACAUCACCUGGGACGAUGCGAUUGCAACCAAAUGUUUUUCACUGAACUUCAUGUUUUGUUACGUUGUCGUACAGGAUAUUACAUCACAAUCUUAUGACAUCACAUAAGGCCCCGACCACUAAGACGAUCAUCACAUUAUAAUUUUAGGAGAUCAACAACAGGUCACUUUAACCUGACAAAUCAGAGACAGCCGAACUCUGCAGGACAAAGCUGCCUCAACCCUACUCUCCCUCCAGCCUGUCUUCUCCACCCCGUCCUCUCCACCCUGUCCUCUCCACCUCGUCCUCUGAAUAAUAAAGGUUUAUCUUAUCUCCUUCUCCCCCUCCUCCUGUGCGGUUCAAGGACUCUUUAAUUUGUACGGAUGAAGCUCUACAAAAACAUCGUCACCCAUACUGCACUUGGAGCUCUGACUGGUGCAUACGUCUGAAGAUCAAACCGGGUGAAAUCAGCUGAUCAAUCACGUGUCCUCUCUAUUUCAUGCAGAAAUGUGAUGAAGAUUAUUGACAAAGCUGCUGAUCGCUCGCCCAGCUGCAGCAUUGAUAAAUGGUGAUUCUCUUUUUGCGGCAACAUUUUAGCUUCAUACCUUUUUAAAAAAUGUAUAUUUAUUUUUUAUAUUCCCAAAGGUUGAUUCUGUUCAUCUGUUCAUCAGUGGGAGAAACGUUUCGUCACUCAUCCAGGUGACUUCUUCAGUCUCAGCUGACUGCAGUUUUCCCCAAUCUUAUAAACAGUAUAUUUGCAUAAUGACUGAAACUAAAAAACUAAACUAAUACCAAAAACUGGUCCACCCCAAGGAUCGGGUCCCCCGACACAAACAGAGUAACAUAAUGUACGCUGUUAAGUGCAGGAGGAUUGCCAGGAUUUAUACAUCGGGGAAACCAAACAACCUCUGGCUAAGAGGAUGGCACAACACAGAAGAGCUACCUCGUCAGGCCAGGACUCUGCAGUCUAUUUACACCUACAGGCCAGUGGACACUCUUUCAAUGAUGAGGAUGUACACAUCCUGGACAGGGAGGAACGCUGGUUUGAGGGCGGAGUCAAGAAGGCCAUUUACGUGAAAAGGGAAAGACCAUCUCUGAAUGGAGGAGGGGGCCUAAGGGUCCAUCUGUCACCAUCUUACAAUGCUGUGAUUGCAGCCAUUCCCCAACUCUCUGUGAAUGGUACUCAUGGUUAUUGAUCAGUGGUCUUUGAUCAGUGGUCAUGAGAAUUUGCAUUAUUAUGAUGAAGAAACUGACCUCACAGCCCAUUGUUGUCAGUGCUGCUAGUUUCAGUCAUUAUGCAAAUGUCCUGUUUAUAAGACUGGAAACCUGCAGUCAGCUGAGACUGAAGAAGUCACCUGAUGAUGACGAAACCUUUCUCCCACUGAAAACGUCCAAAUGAACAGAAUCAACCUUUGGGAUUUACUACCUGGAUGAUUGAGCAUGCAUUAAUAUGUUUUAUAUUGUGUUAUAUUUUAUUAUUUGUUUUAAUACUGACAUGUUUAACUAUAUGAAAUCCAUUAUGGUGAAGCUCAGGGAUAGAUAAGAUAGUAAUUACAGGUAGUUUUCUUAAACAUGGCCUCUGAUUGUGUUCCACCCUGUUAGGGACUUUUACAUAUAGACCAGAAAUAGUUAAACAUGUAAAUAUUGAUCAAUAGUGACUUUAGACAAAGUAUGUCCCUUUUGGUAAUAUAAUGUUUUAUUCUUGAAACUGUAACAAGUUAUUUAAUAACAUAUACCACAGGUCUGUAUUAUACAAAAACCAAUUUAUUUCAACCCAUGUUUUCCGACAGCAUGGAAAAUACUUGCAGUUUUAAAAACAUAUACAUAUUUGUGCAUUUAAUGUUCCUGACUUCUCAACUUGGCACAAAAAUUUUCACAACACUUAUUGGUACUGUUCAGUAAUCUUUCAAAAACAUUUUUCCAAACAGGAUGGAACAGACUAUAACAGGAUGGAACAUCAGUGUUUUCAAUUUUAACAUCUGAGUAAACAUCUACGGUUCAUCUUUGCUUCUUAUAUAUUUGUUCAUUAAAAAGUACGUCAGAAACAAGAAACAAAAAAUCAUUAACAAAAAAAAUAAAACAUGCAAGCAGCUGUAAAAUACCAGAAUGUAACACACAACAUCAAACAUGAACAAGGACCAGUAACAUAAUUCAAGGAAUACGCCACCUUUUUAUGAAAGCACAAGUUGAACAAGUGGAACAAACCACUUAGGAAUAGGUCCAUGCCAUUAGCUUAGCGCAGUUAGCAAGUUGUUUGCAAAAGUGAACCAAAAAUAUCCUGAAAAAAAAAAGUAAAGUGAGAGUGACAGUUGAAUCUUACCUCGUUUUCCACAGUUGAAUUCCCUCCAGAAACAAAUGAUGUCACUUCCUGUGUUCUCCCACAGAGGCUGUAGUUUUUUUAAGGCAAUAAAGCACAUUCUAACAGGGUGUAAAAUUACUACUGGGACAAGUACAGUAUGAAGAAAGAAGUAAAUAAAUUUUACAACUUUGCUAGCAAGAGACCGAGAGAGGCGUUGAAAGGCUGCUCCAACGGAACUUAUUGUUUGGGAGGAAAACACGAACACAGUUUACAGUCGAGUCUUAAUAGCUUACUUACAACUGGACUACACUGCCCACGAGGCUACAUUCUUUAGGUCGAUGCCUGUAACACUCUGCCUAUUGCCUUCUUAUUAAGUCAUUUUUGAACAAUAAUUUUUAAAAAUAUUUCUUCAUGUCAGUAUGCGAGCCGCAAGUAGGGGUGACAUGGGCCGCGAGAUUGAGACAGCCAUUGGAGCCUCUUAAUGCAUGUUUUGUUUGGGUUUCCACCGGCGUGGAAUUACCAAAAAUAGAGAGGGCAUAGCCUAACAUAUGAAAUAGGAAAAGACCGCCGUGUAAUCCAUUUAUUUCAACAAAGUAACUGUAUUCUGAAUACCACCUUUUUAAACGGUAACUGUAACAGAAUACAGUUACUCAUAUUUGGUAUUUUAAAUAGGUAACGGCGGUACAUGUAUUCUGUUACUCCCCAACACUGACUGUGGGACACAAUGAAAUUGAGGGUGUGUCAACAAAAAGAUGUGUAAUAAAUAAUAUUUGAAAUGCA